AUGGAAAAAAGAGGAAUUCUAUCCACUGAUGAUGAAAAUACAAAAUCUACCAAGGAAUCCCUUAAAAGAAACGAAAAACAAAUUCAAUUUUUAGUUUAUGUCUUAAAAAAAUACAUAAAAAAGGAUGAAGAAUUAAAAAAUAGAGCAUAUUAUUUCUUCCCUUCUGAUGAUGCAUUAGAUAAAAUACUUUUUAAUUUAUGUAAAUUCAUUCCUAAAGAUAAAAAUAUAUUAGAAAUAAAUAAAAAAUUAAAUAUAUUUGAUUCAGAUUCACUUUUUGAAUGCGCCAACUCUGAAAGAGAUAGCUGGAAUAACCAAAAUACUAUGUUUGAUGAUAUAUCGUUAGAUGAGCAUAAUAAUAAGAAAUACAAAACAUCUUCUAAUUUUAAUUUAAAAGAUAGAAAAACUAAUAAGGUUUGCGUAGAAUGGCAAGGAUUCGUUAAUGAAGCAAACGGAUAUGCAGCAAUUAAAAUUAUUGUUCCUUUUGUUUAUCAAGAAUAUUAUACUUAUGCAAAUAGAUUAGUAUACUUCUUAUUUCAAAAAACAAAAUGUUUAGAAGUGGAAGAUUUUUUAAGUCAUCAUAAAUUCAUUAACAAAAUUGUUCCAUUAUAUAUGACAUGUAAAAAUAAACUAUGUGUAAAAUUAUCUCAUAUAGAUGCUUCAAAUGAUUUAUAUUUUUAG